AGAAGUUCUCAUGUUCUUGCUUAUUAAAACCAUAGACCUGAGUUUUGAACUGCACAUAACGGAUAUUUGGUAUUCUUGUUGACAUGCAUCUUCACACCAAGUAACUGAAUUGCCAAGCAUCAUCCAACAAAGCAAACAUGCCAUGUCCAUCCCAUGAUAUGGUCGACGCUUCCAAGUCAGGAGAAUCGAUGGCAGGCAUUCAACAACAUCCAAAGAGCUGUCACGCUGCAAGCAAUGGGAAAGGUGACAUUUUACGAGUAACACCGGGAGGAUAUCAAGACUUAAAAUGCAGUGUGCCAUCAAGACAAACUCUGUUUGGCAGAUUGGAACAUUGUCUGCACAAAGUGGCCAUUAGUAGAAUAGCACUCUUGCCUACCGUACAUGCUUCUUCAGUACAGAGUGUGGACAAUACCAAAGAUGGGGUCGGACACAGUUCUUUGGCGGAAGGUGAUGCAGAUAGUUCUGUCACCAUGGUAACAGAAGAUGCAGAUCCCGGUAGUGGAUGGCUCAGACUGAAGGAGGCAUACUUUGUCAAUAACGAGGAUGGCUUGUCUCGUGAACUAUAUGAAGUGAUCAUGAUGUUUCUUCUAGGUGGUAUGUUGGGGUUUGCAUAUGGUGGCUUUCCAGCUUCAAGGUUUGCCAGGCAGAGAUACAUCCAGAACAGUCAAGCAUCCUUGUACAGCAGCAAGUUAGAAGCUACAGGAUCCUCUUAUAAUGCUGCAUCCCGUGGGAUGAUCCGCUAUGGAUACAGAUGGGGAUGGAGAACGGCUGUCUUGGCUGGAAGCUAUCAUGGUAUAAGCAUGUCACUUGCUGUGUACAGGAACAAGCAGGAUAUGAUAUCUUACACCGUUGCAGGAGUGAGCACAGGAGCUCUGUACAGAAUAAGUCUUGGUCUGCGAGGUAUGAUUGGUGGUGCAUUUGUAGGUGGUUUGCUUGGGAUUCCAUGUGGCGCCCUUUUACUUGGAUUUCAGCAUGUGAUGGGGGAGACAUUCAUAGAAAAACAUAGAAGGAUGAGAGCAGAACUACAGGCUGAGAGGUUGCAAGAACGUUCUCUUCGGAUGUCAGUCACUCCUCAAAUGAUAGAAAUGAUGGAAGAAUCUAUUCAGAGAAGUGAGCAACUCUUACGAGAGAAGAAGCAAGUAGAGCAAACGUCAUCAACAUCUGUUCCAUCUUCAUAGCAUAUAAUUCAUGUACAUAGUAUGGACUUUGAAAUUGAAAGCAUUUUCGUCUGAUAGAUAAUUCAUGCCUUCUCCAGUGCUGUUUGUGCCAUGAAUUUCAUUAAAUUUUGGAUUGAAAUAGAACAGUUUCAAUCUUUGUCUUUCUUGUUUUCAAUCAGCAAGGAUAAAAGGAAAAAUAUUUGAAAAGGGUUAUCUAGUACAAAAAGACACGAUAUCAAAAUAUGUACUUCUGUCAUACCACGUUACAGAUUCUGAUUCAGUGUAAAGGCAUUCUGUUGUGAAGAAAACAUGGUCUUGUUUGACAGAACAAAGUAGGAAUAAACUCAUGGCGUAUUAAGCCGAUACCAGACAAGUACAUGUACAUAUGAAAAUAAAUCAUCUAUUUGCAAUUGUUGUGGUACAUUGUGAGAGAAAGGAGUGAAUAAAUAAAUGAAGAUGGACAACAAUUCACUAUCUGUGCUUUAUUCAUGCUUAAUAAUAAUUAAAAGCAACGUUCUACAAAAUUCUGUAAAUUCUAUAAAAUUUAUUUUACAUCUUUUCUUGAAUAAGAAAACGAUUAAAUCAGUAGUUUUAUUAACCUGAUAUCCCAUACUAUCCCAAGGCAAUCUUGGUAUUACACAUUUACAUUGCUUAUAACUUCAUCUCACACGUUAAACAAGUAUACCACAUGGGGUCUUACUCCGUUCAGUAACAAGUAUUUUAAGGAUUGAGGCUGGGUAUUAAAGGUAAAGACCAGUUUUGGAAACG